AUGUUUGAAGUGUUCAGUCAGCGUUUGGACACAGAGCUUGGGCAGAUUAAUCCUGCCUGGUUUGAGGAGUUGACUGCGAAAGCCUCACACGGGCAUGGAGGUGCUGUUAUUGCUGAUAGAGCAGAGGUGCUCUGCCCCCUUUCAUCAUACGCACAGAAUGAUAUCGGUAAAACUCCAGGGGGGGUCUUUGGCAGUCAGAUGUUCUCCACACCCAAACUCUUUCAGCACAGGGGACUGUGCUCUCCGGAUCUGACCCAGAAUGAAGAGUCCCACACUCCAAAUCAAGGGCUGAAUGACACACCAAAAAGCUCUCUGGCACAGUCUGCUAAGCGUAUCUCUGAGAGCCUUGGGGCGCAGAUCAACCCUGACCUGUCCUGGUCCAGCUCAUUUAACACUCCCUCUGCCAUAACACCCACCGUCAUACUAUCAAAUAAAGAAGACCAGUCUUCUCCUACAAGACCUUCCCAUGACAAGAAUGUUAUUUUUGUGCGGGAACUUUUUCCAUCAGUCACAAAUAGCUGUACAGGUGCAAAGCCAUUGACGGAGAACACCGCCACGUGUCCUGAUGAUGAGAUUUGCCAAGAUGAUGGAGGAAAAUUGUGUGGUUCUCCUGACAACAUUAACAACGUUUGGGAGCAGAAGGUGCCACAUGCUAUUUCGGAUGGGGAUGUUCGCACUACUGUUGAGAAUGUUCUGGAUGGAGCAGAGGAUGUUCUCUCCAUCUUUUUCAGUAACAGUGGCCCGGCCUUACGCAGGGUUAAAAACAAGGAGAGAAUUAAGAGAGCACAGAGUGAAUCUGCCAAGGAGAAUCCCCAGGCUCUGCCAGCGGAGAGAACCAAAGAACUAAAUGAAACACCAAAGAGAGCCACGUACAAAAAACAAGGUUUUGCUGCUAGUGAAACAAAUAAUUCAGUGAAACUGACAGAAUUUGGCUGUAUACAGUGGACCCCAAUAAGUUUAUCUGAAAUCUCAGACACCUCGGAUCAGAGUUGUCCAACUCAGUCGGCUCCUCUAAACAAGUGUGUUGUAAAUCAAUCAGACAGACCUGAUGAUGUCACCUUUGACCCUGCCAGGAGCCAGAAGACCAGCCAGUUAUCUGUCUCCAUGGCUGAGAAGCUGAACUCUCCGGGGUGUUUGGUGUCCCCGUCUUCAAUACUCAUCAGAACUCCCAGGAGGUUUGUGUAUCAUGUUACAAGUUCCCAUGCUGCAAAACCAGAAGUAAACCAUGGCAGUCUUCUACCAGAACGUGGUUUCAAAACUUUUGCAGAUGGGAUAAGGAAUGGCUCAUCCUCCCAGGAAGUAAAGAGCCUUUUCAAAGAUAUAGAACCCGAGCCUUUUUUAACAUCAUCAACUCACGAUCUGAAAGGAAAACAAUGUAUUGAAAUUUCUGAGCAGUUAAACCCAACAUGUAAAAAAACAGCAGACAUCAGGUCAGAAGAAAAAGGUUCUGGGACCCAGUCUCACCAGAACCUCACUCAUCAGUUACUGACUGCAUCACAGAAAGCUGAUGUAUCAGAAUUGUGCAGUUUAUUGGAGGAGGCUGACAGCCAGUACGAAUUCACCCAGUUCAAAGCAGCAAAGCAGUGUUCUGACCCUCACCAUAAGGGUUCCCAGCCUUUUGAAAAGGAGUGGGAUGCUGACAUCCUCUCAGGCAUUGACUUUGAUGAUAGUUUUGAUGAACAGUUGAUGAGAAAACAUCAUGUGAUGACAGGAAUACUUAAUAAACCCACUACCAGUCUUUGCGGUGAGCAAGACCAAGAAGAAUCAAAACACAGUGUAGAUAUGAGUGGGUCACAUGACAGAACAGGAAAAAUGCGUGAGGAGGAUGCACUCAGAGUGAUGACUGGGUGUAGAAUCACUCCUUCACCUCCCAGUGCUCACCUGUACAGUGUACCUGAAUGUACUCGGGCUGAAAGUAUUCAAACUACCACUAAAGGAUCGUCUGAUACAGAUUUAGGAAAGUCAUUUCAUGUUGGCUUUAAAACAGGCAGAGGGGAGAUUUUAAGAGUGUCGGAGAGGUGUCUCAGCACAGCACGGACUCUGUUUGCAGAUUUAGAUGAAAGCAGCGAGAGUUUUGCUGAAGCAUAUAAAAAGAUGCCUGACAUUGCAGCAAGGGAACAAGAGCAGUCCUGUCCCAGCUCUGGCAGAAUCCUUUCAUUACCAUCAAUCUUCAGAGCUGAGCUGGGUCACAACACUGAAAAAACCCCACAGGCCAGCAGUGUUGUGAUCCAUGCUAAUCUAAAGCACUGUGGCACUGGAGGAAAUUCCAUGGGUUCUGGCACAAAAAGUGAACUUGAACUGACAAAGGGCCUUAAGCAGAAGUUUGGUAAUGGAUUCAUGACGGCCAGUGGGAAAGGAGUGACUGUCUCAACAAAAGCCCUUCAGGAGGCAAAGACCAUUUUCAAAGACCGAGACUUGGAUUCCCCAGCCACUGCACAGACUGAACUGGAGAAGUCAGGUGUUAAAUGUGAUUACAGUAAUGAUAAGGGCAACUGUACAGAGGAUGGGACAGGAGUGGCUGCUCCUGAAAUCUCUCAGACAGCACAGAGUCACAGAGGUUUUAAUGAACAUCCCAGAGCAGAAUUCACAACAGCUUCGUUUGAAAUAUGUUACUUUCGGUCCAGCUGUGGUUUCAGCACGGCCAGUGGGAGAAGUGUUUCUGUUUCAACAGAGGCAAUCCAGAAAUCCAGAACUCUUUUUGCUGAUUUGGAUGAUACAUCCUUUUGUGAAAAUGUUAAAGAAAUGAAAAAGUGUGAGAAUCUAAAGAUGGAAACCAGCGCUACUAAUAAAGGAGGGGGUUUCAGUACAGCAAGUGGCAGAAAGGUGUUUAUUUCUGAAACAGCACUACAAAAAGCAAAAAAUAUGUUCAAUGAAUGUGAUGAUAAAACAUUUGAAUCUGAGAAAAUUCUUGUAGAUAGUAUGAAAAACUCAGCACCAGACCCUGGUCAGAAGAUGUGUUUUGGUUUCAGCACUGCUAGUGGUAAAGGGGUGACUAUAUCAGAAAAAGCACUUCAGGAGGCAAAAUCCAUGUUUAUGGGUUGCGAUGAUGAUGAUUUCAGUGAUAUUGGGGAACCAAUAACAUGGGGAACCAGUGGGGAAAAGAAACAUUCAGACAGACACAGAGGACACCAGGAAAGAGCUUGCAUCGGAGGUCCAGAUGGUAAGAGCAGUAGUAUAAUGGAGAGAGUUCCUGUUGGUGCCAGUAUUGUUCCAGGAAUAUCUAAUAGCCUACAGGAUGAGCACUUUGAGUCUGAUAAGCCAGGAAUAAACAAAUUUGGUUUCAACACAGCCAGUGGAAAAAGGGUGUGUGUUUCAAGACAAGCCCAGGGGGAAGCCUUGGAGAGGUUCAGAGACUGUUCUGAUCUUCUUGAACAACCACAGAAGUCCAAGGACUCUGUCCCUUUGCUCCCUAGUCUUACUGACAAAGGUUUUGCCCCACCCACUACUCAAAAAGACCUCUCCUCUUUGAAAUCUGAUCCAGUGGCUGCAGGUGUCGGCACCAUCGUUGACACACAGCAGGAGUUCUCUCAGCUGGAGGCAGAGGCCUGUGCCAAAGCCCUGCUGGAGGAUGAGGGCUUCAGGGAGCAGGCCACUUCAGUGAGCAGAGUAAUCAGAGAGAGUCCACACAACCAUGCUCCUGCCAAGCUAAACAAUCGAACAAGAAAACGAAUGCUAGAUUCCAGCAUUAUUGAAGAAAAUCUGAAUCACCUUCCUUUGAAAAGACGACUUUUGGAUGAUUUUGCCCAGAGAACAGAUGAUGUAAGAUGCUCUGAUUGUAUACCUGUGAGAAGCAGUCCAAAUGGAACUCUUAAAGAUAGGCGGGUCUUCAAAUACACUGUUCCUCUUCGACCGAACGUCACACACCCAGACAGGACUGCAGUGGACCACAAACCAAAUAAGCCAGAAAGCUUUGCUGUUCUGAACAGCAAGCCUUGCAGUUCUAAGGCUGCAUUUGUGCCCCCUUUUCGAAAAAAUGGCAAGACUGAUGUCCAGAAAAAUUGUGUAUCCCAGAAGGCAACCAAACACCCCAGUAUGUUUGUUCCUCCACUUCAGAAAAAAGAUGAGCGCAGUCUCCACAGUUCUCCAGACUCACACCCUAUGAAGAGGCUGGAGUUCCAAAGCCAAGCAGAGAUUUUACAGUCAGUACAACUUGCUCGAGACGUGCAGGACAUGAGAAUCAGAAAGAAAAAACACCAGUCGGUGCAACCUGUGCCCGGCAGCUUGUUUCUAGCCAAAUCCUCGGGGUUACCCAGGGUAUCUGUCAGGGAGGCGGUUGGACUCACACGCCCAGCUCGGUACACGUCGCGAGAGCUGUAUGAGUGUGGUGUACCAUACCAGGUGAUUCAGGUCAGCAGUGAGAACGCUGAGUCUUUUCGGUUUCAGUUUGAGCACUUCUUUGGUCGCAAUGUGUGUGUUGAUGCUGGAGGUGUUAGGGUGGGAGACGGUGGAUGGCUGAUUCCAGACAAUGCUUUGACUGUGGGAAAGGAAGAGUUCUUCAGAGCAUUGUGUGACACACCUGGCGUUGACCCCAGGCUGAUUAGUGAGGCUUGGGUGUAUAAUCACUAUCGCUGGAUAGUGUGGAAACUGGCCUCUAUGGAGCGAUCCUUCCCGGCCAUGAUGGGCGGCCGCUGUCUUACGCUGGAGAGAGUCCUACUGCAGCUCAAAUAUAGAUAUGAUGUGGAGGUGGACCACUGCCAGAGAUCAGCUCUGAAGAAGAUCAUGGAGAGAGAUGACACCCCAGCCAAGACUCUUGUGCUGUGUGUUUGUGGCAUUGCCACAUUGUCUAAUGGCGCAGAAAACCCGAGCUAUGCUGAAAACGGGCCCAGCCCAGGCAGAGUGGGCAGUAGAGGACUGUCCGCUAUAGUCUGGGUCACAGAUGGCUGGUACACCAUUAAAGCCCUACUGGACCCUCCGCUCUCUGCCAUGCUCCGGAAAGGCCGUCUGGCUGUCGGAGGGAAGAUAGUGACACAUGGAGCGGAGCUGGUUGGAUCCCAAGAUGCCUGCUCACCUCUUGAGGCUCCUGAAUCCCUCAUGCUGAAGAUUUGGGCAAACAGUACCAGACGUGCCCGCUGGGAUGUCAGGCUGGGUUUUCAACGUGACCCGCGGCCGUUCCCACUCUCUCUGUCCUCGCUGUACAGUGACGGAGGUUCGGUGGGGUGUGUGGACAUCGUGGUUCUGCGGAGCUAUCCUACACAGUGGAUGGAAAAAAAGUCCAGUGGAGUGUUUGUGUUCCGAAACGACCGCGCUGAAGAGAGGGAAGCCAGAAAACACAGCGAAACCAGACAGAAGGAUAUGGAGCUGCUUUUCUCCAGGAUCCAGGCCCAGUUUGAAUCUGAAGAGCGCGGGAAGAGUAAAUGUCGUGGCCGGAUGAGGACGCUCAGUGUAUUGGAGAUCGAGGCCAUGCAGGAUGGAGAGGAGCUUUAUGAUGCAGUGGAGGCUGACCCUCUUUAUUUAGAGGCCCAUCUAAGUGAGAAGCAGCUGGAGAUUCUGAGCAGUUACAGGCGAGUCCUCGCGGAGAGAAGGCACACUGAUCUGCAGGAGCAGUUUCGUAAGGCUGUCCAGGAGAAUGAGGGGUGUUGCCCUGACAGAGACGUAACCCCUGUGUGGAAACUCAGCGUCCGUGACUCCUCAGACACACACUGCAGCAGUGUGUACACACUGAAUAUCUGGCGCCCUUCUCCAGACCUGCGUGCUUUACUGAGAGAAGGCAGCAGGUAUAAAGUCUGUCAUCUCUCUACAUCAGAGGGAAAGAAGCAAGCGGGCAAGGCUACCACUCAGUUCACCAUCACAAAGAAAACCCAGUUUGAGCGAAUGCAGGUUUGUCCAGAAUGGCUGCAUCAUCGUUUCCAGGCGAGACAGUCGGCCAACUUCAAAGAUCUUCAAAACCCUGCCUUCCACAGUCCAUGUGAGGAAGUGGACAUUGUAGGAUACGUGGUGUCCAUCUUGGACAGACAUGGUACGUCUCCAGUGUUGUACCUGGUGGAUGAAAACCACAACUUUGUCUCUGUGAGGAGCAAGAGCAGUCUCACUCAGUUAGCAUUGGAUGACCUUGUAAAGCCAUUGGCUCUGCUGGCUAUAAGUAACCUCCAGCUAAAACAGCCCAGGGCACCUAUACCCUGUCUGUAUGCAGGAGACCUAGCUCUCUUCUCCACCAGUCCCAAAGAGCCACACCUACAGGAGGCCACAGGACGACUGAAAACCUUUGCUCAGGGUCGAGAGUAUUUCUUUACCCUUGCUGAGGAGAAGCUCUCCAGCCUGGUUCCCUUGGGAGGAUCCAACACCGCUCACUUUCCCAGAACCCCAGGGAUGCCAGUCAGGCUCAAACCAAGCAGCAGUUUUAACGUGACUCCACAGGCAGAAACCGAGCUGUCUCAGUGCCUCCCAGUGAACAAGAGACCACACCCAUCAUUGAACACACCAGAGAACAAAGACCCUAAAACACUGAAGAGAAAAAGAUCUUUGGACUACCUGUUGCGAGUUCCCUCUCCACCAGCCCUGAGCCCCCUGGGCACUGUCAUCUCACCCUGUGUCAGCAAGACCUUUAACCCUCCACGGCGCUGUAAGACACCCCGGGUGGGGCACACUGCCCCUGCAGGCUGCACUGCACCCCCCCCAGUGGAAGAUGACUGGGUAAACGAUGAGGAGAUGGCUAUGAUCAAUACUCAGGCACUGCUGGACAGAGUGGGAGAAACUGGCGGAGCAGUGAAACCCAGUUAG